AGCAUCUCAUCAUCUUCUGUCACCCAGCAAACAUCGCACGCGACAGCUUGACUCCCACGCAUCUUCCACUUCAUGCUCAAUUGCUGGAGCUGCAACUCUCCUCCAUCCACCCUCCACGGUCACCACGCCAGCUGCAGAACAAUAACCAACUGAGCGCGCGCUACGAAUAGCCUCGUUGUUCUUGCUUCCCCUGGCUCCCCUGACCGCUUGCGCCAACCCCAACAAAUGCCCAGGGUGACGAACAGCUUAGGUGCGACCUGCGUAGUGGUCUCCUCCAGACGGUUGCUUCGGUGCCGUGGGCUGUGAGGUCACGAUGGCCUGGCAGUCCUUGUCUGGUAGCAUGGGGGCGGGCUCCAACGGCGGCGGUAAUGGGAAUGGCGAGGGCCAGCAGCAGGUAAACCAGCCGCAAGGAACGGAGUAUACGCUUCAAGGGGUGAUGCGCUUCCUGCAGACCGAAUGGCACCGGCACGAACGAGAUCGGAAUGGUUGGGAGAUUGAAAGGCAAGAGAUGAAGGGAAGGAUAGCACGGCUGGAAGGCAGUACGAGGAAGAGCGAUGCAAGCAACAAGAGCUUGAAGAAAUAUGUUAAUAUGUUGGAGAAGGCGUUGAAGGAGAGGGAUGCACAAGUCAAGGCGCUGAAAACUGGUGGAGAUGUGAAAAUCGGCGAAUCCAUACCAGAAAGCAAGGGGAAAGAAAACUUGGAAGUUAAAAAUGAGCGGCCUGUUCAAGACAAACCUCACAACUCGUUUCUCGACAUCGAAGACGGAGAAAAGCAGGACGAAGAUCCAGAUAGAGGGAGCCUGAAAGGAUUCAUGGACAAGACACAAGGCGAACUCACCUACCUCAUGGUAUCACCGUCGAACCCACUCCCGCCACGGGACCCUCCACCACCCGAAGAAGCCCUUCUACAACCCCCAUCAUUCCAAGCACCUGGUCAGCCAAGCUUGGAGGAAAUCUAUCAGCAGCAGGCAAGAGAGAAGAAUAUGCGGCAAUCGAACUUGUCUCGACCCUCUCCAUCACCAAAUCAUCAUCCACCUCCUGUUCCUUCGACGUCUAGCCUCUCUGUUAGAAAUCCAGAUCCUCUAGUAUCCAGAUCGCUGGCAGAUCAGCAACCAUUACCGCAAACGACACAGCAAGAAUGGUCUUCGACUUUCCAAAUGUCGGAACAGCAGCCCGAGGAACAAGUUACCAAGGUCAACCACAGCUUCGAUUCAUACGGUAGACAAGUCGACGAGGAGCAAGAGAAAGAACCCCAGACAGAGGCCGAUGGCUGGGAUUUCAAUGAAACAGCCCAGUUCCCCGAGCAGGAGCCGAAAGCUGCACCACAACGACCGGACACGGAUUUGUUUCCAAUUGCUCAAGAACCACCCAAAUCUCCGAACAGAGGACCAGGUUCGCAUAGAAGGAAGGGGUCAAUGUCACGGCGCCGAAGCGGUGAGCAUGAGCUGUCUUUGAACCCGGCGCAAAAAGCAGACACUGGAAGUUUCAAGGUCAGAUUUGGACUGAGGGGUCACCUGGAUGCUGUUCGAUCGGUUAUCUUUACCGGCGGUGGAAGUCCUGGGGAACCAGAGAUUUGCACAGCUGGCGAUGAUGGAACAAUUAAGCGAUGGAUCAUACCAGCUCGGUACGAGAACCAAGGAGGAAUGCACAUCAGCGCAAACGAUCUUGAUAUCCAGAGUUAUUUCACGCAUCGCGGACAUACUGGCACUGUCACGUCUUUGACUUCCUGGUCACCAUCGCAGAAUUUCUCGAGUGGUGGAAGAGCGCAGGGGGAUGGCUGGAUAUUCUCUGGAGGCCAAGAUGCAACCAUCCGGGUCUGGGAACGAGGGCGAGUGGAUCCGAAAGCAACGCUCGACGGCCAUACGGAUGCUGUGUGGACUGUCUGCGUUCUCCCUGGCACGACUGGAACUGUUUUCGGACAGAGCAAUUCGUACGGUGGACCUGAUCGUAUUCUGCUUGCUUCCGGCGCUGCGGAUGGGACCGUGAAGGUCUGGUCUGUCAGUGCGCCACCGCAAUUGAUGUCGCCUCAGGGUGGUGGAAGCGGACGAAGAGGUGGCCGCGUGAGAGGCAAUUCCAUGUCCUCGGGAUCGGCCUUCCCUUCAUCACCGCAACCUAGCAUCGCUUCGAACUCCCCUUUCCACUACACGCUCAUUCAUUCUAUUUCUCGGGCGAACAGCACGGCCUCGCCAACCUGUAUAACGCCACUUUCUACUUCGGGCGACGUUUUUGUUGUCUCAUACUCCGAUGCAGCUGUUUUGGUAUAUGAUACCCGGACCGGUGAGGAGGCUGCAGCAAUGGCGAGUCUCGAGACUUACAACAACACCGUCAAUACGGGCGUCAACGCGAUCGUCGCUACUAAAAGCGGUCUCGAUGGAUCUUUGAGCUUCGAUUCCGGCCGCGGUCUAUCUGAGGAUGAAGGAGUCGUCGGUGGAGCGACUGGAACAAGUGGCGGUGUGGAGGGAAUCAUCAUUUCCGGACACGAGGAUCGAUUCAUUCGUUUCUAUGAUGCUAACAGCGGUCAAUGCACGUAUAACAUGCUGGCACAUCCGGCAGCUAUCUCGGCUCUCGAUUUGUCGCCCGAUGGCAGAGAACUGGUAUCUGCAGGGCAUGAUGCAAGUCUGAGGUUUUGGUCACUGGAGAAGAGGAGCUGUAUCCAAGAGAUCACAAGUCAUCGCCUGAUGAGAGGCGAAGGGGUUUGCAGUGUAUGCUGGAGCAGGGACGGAAGAUGGGUCGUGAGCGCGGGUGGGGAUGGUGUGGUGAAGGUCUUCGCCAGAUAGGAGGUAAUGGGUGUGAUGAGACGGGAUACGUGGACGACAUAAGAUGAGAUGAGAAUACCCUUUCACAUUGUAUUUUCGAAGCACGAUUUGGCGUUGCAUUGCCGCAGCAUGGACGGGAAAGAUCAAAGAUCGAAAUGGAAGAUCAGAUGAGACACAGGCAUGUAGUUUAGACCAUACCAUCACCACCCGGAUCGUUUCUGUUUGGGAAUUGUACAAAAUAACACAAGAUACUUAUUCUCGGAAGUCGU